AUGCAAUGUGAGCUUGUUGCCUUCCGAGAAUGGGUUCAACCUACAUUCUAUCGACAAUUUGCCGCCAUUGAGCUAGCAGAGCCAUCAGAGGUUAUAAUUAUAAAUACAGCAGACCGUACGCACGCCGAGGAGUAUGCAGGCUUGGUGGAACGCGAGCGGACCGACAGACCCUGGCCAUCUGGAUCCGACAACGUUCAAAUGGUGGACUACAAUAAGGCGAAGCAGAAUCCGGCCAAGCGACAUAUCUGA